AUGAGAAGAUCGGGAGUGAUGGCUAAACAACAAUUUUUCAUGUUGUGGAAGGGAGGGCUGGCGACGGGGAUGGGAACGAAUUAUACGCGUUCGAUGCCGCGGGUGGCGAUGCAUACGCUUUCGAGAUCGAUGUGUAGGGGGAGGAGUGUGGGGUGGGGUUGGGAGGGGAGGAAUGGGGGUGCGCUCUUUUCUGAUAUCCGCGCGGGGUUGUGUGGUAUGGGACUAAUGGGUUAUAGAUCACGACGGGAGAGGGGGAUUGUGAGGUAUUCGACGGAGAGUGGUGGGGAGAAGGAAAGCAAACAACCAACGCCCCCACCCACACCCCUCAAGAAACCCCUCGAAGUCCUGAAAUCCAUGAAAUCGCUCACUCCCCAUGAAAACAUCUAUACCGUCCCUAAUAUUCUCACCUUUUCUCGUCUCAUCGCUGCGCCCGUUUGUGGAUACCUCGUUCUGCAUGAUCAACACGCGUGGGCUGUUGGACUCUUUGCCUAUGCUGGGAUUACGGAUUUGGUAGAUGGAUGGAUUGCGAGAAAAUGGAAUUUACAAACGGUAGUGGGCACGGUUAUUGAUCCGAUGGCGGAUAAGACGCUGAUGACCAUUUUGACGGUUUGUUUGGCGAUUAAGGGGGGUUUGCCUGUCUGGCUCGCAACCAUAAUCCUCGGCCGCGACAUUGGGCUCGCCAUUUCCGCCAUCUAUUGGCGAUGGAUUUCUCUCCCUCCUCCCAAAACCUUCUCUCGUUAUUGGGACUUUUCACUUCCAUCGGCGGAGGUACAUCCAACUACUAUUAGUAAGUAUAACACGGCAUUGCAGUUGGGAUUAAUUGGAGCAACGACGGCUUUGCCCUUGAUUACUUGGGAUGUUGGGAUUGCUAUGACGGGGUUUCAAUACCUAGUAGCCACAACCACCAUUUGGAGCGGAAUGAGUUACAUCUACACCAAAGAUGCCGUUAAGAUUGUCGGUCAACCAGAUGCUACCAAGAAGGCAAAGGGACAAGAACAGGGACAAUCCGAUAAGAAGCAGUGAUGCAAAAGUAUGCGAAUGGAUGAUGGUGGGAUUGCAUGUAAUAUUAGGAAUCCAGACUGUAUAUAUAUCGGAAAUAUAUAUUGGACUUUUUGUCU